AUGGAGAAGGAUGAUUCGGAAGGUUCGUGCGAGGAUGUUGUUGAAUUGAGCGAUUCGAAUGAUGAUAGUCCAAAGCAGUCUAGUGUGUCGACUCCAACACCUACCAAAAGAGAUUUCCGGUCUUGGAGUUCAACUUCAAAUUUAAAACCUUCCUCUUCCAAUAUAUACGCGGUUGCUUCUGCUAAUAACAACACGGCAGGUCCGUGGGAUACUACAGAAGACAUACCAGCUGCUACGCUUAAUAAGCUAUUAGAGCAACUUACUCGUCAAAGUAAGGUUAUUGAGUCUUUUGCAGUGAGAGCUUCAUUUGUUUUUAAUGUACAAUGGCUUGUUUAUUUUGACGUACCUGUUUUACCGAAGCAGGAACUGGAAAUUUUAAUGGAAAUUAGCAUUUCUUUGAUUCGACAGGGUAUUGAUGGGGAAUCGAAGAACUUUCAGCAAUUUCUUAAUGGGGCUUUAGUUUUGGCUUUUGAGAAGUUGAUGCAGGACGAGGCAAUGCGAGACUGGAAAUUGGAUAUACAUAGGUAUAUAUGGUUGAGUAUCGAAAGGUAUUUUGAAAUGUUUAUUGAGAAGCUGCAUCAAACUUUGGAUGCUGCUCAAAUUCCGAAUUCGUUUUGGACAAUUUUAAAUUUAACGAUGUCAAGGGAAAGCAGGUAUCAUAUGCAGAAUGCUUCGUACGACAUUCAGUCUCUCAGUGUUGAUUACGACGUUACUGAUAUGGGAGAGUUUGUUCGGAAUGAAGACAAUGGAUUUGGUUGGCUACGGUUACUUCUUUUUCGUUUUGGUGUUAUGGAGGGGUUCAAGUUGGUAAAAUUAUUUUUCGAGAAAAAUGUUGAUGAAAAAGUUCCUGACACUGCAAUCAUAGAAUGGCUUUCACCAUUUGCGUCUUGUGCUUCUUUAUUGAAGCCAGAAAUUGUUGCGGAGACGUUUCAUCACGUCCUCGAGGUGUCUUUAAGGCGUUUGCGACUUAUUGAUAUAAAGAGUCUUAAGUGCGAAACUGUAAAAGGAGACUUACGUGACUCGUUGUACAUGGCACUUCCUCGUUUGCUUCAUAUGUUUUUUGUCGUUAAUCCAGUGACAGCUACAGAAGCCAAAGAGUUGGCCUUCUUUGAAUUAAAAUAUCCACCGAAAGAAGCAGGUAUAACUCUCAAGGACCUGGCCCUUUGGCUACGCGAGCAAUCAUUUUUAGAAAUCCUUUUUCGGGAUAACCUUCACCACUUAUCUUUUUGUGAAAGGAUUGAACGAAUACUUCGGGUGCUUCUCCAGAAUGACGCUAUUAUGCCACAAGAAUUAGAUAUUAUUUGGAAUGCACAACGAGGAAAACAUGACGCUAUUCAAAGGAAUCUUCAUGAUCUCAUAGCGAAGCUUAUUAAUUUAUUCAGCAAUGAGCUUCAAGAGAAGUUAUUCGCUUUAAUGAAGGAAAGUUGGUCAGAAUCUUCCCCUCGUGAACGCACUCUUCUCUUAGACUUAAUUCGUCGAAUUGGCAAUGAUUAUAGUUUAAUUUCUGAAAAGAACCUUACUCUAAAAUCGCUUUCUUUACUUUGGGAUUUGUUCCGUGAUGAAAGGCUUCCUGUAGAAGUGGGGGAUGCAGCUUUAGAAGCACAUUUUACUGUGAUCGAGUCAUUAGGGCGCUCUGAUGCUCUAUUCAAACAAUAUAUUGACAAAUGCAUUGAGGAGCUUCUGAAUGAUUCAGUAUUUGUUCUCCCAACACUUAAUCACAUGCAGAAAAUCUUUCGGCUUGUACCUGAGGGAUCCUUCACGAUGCAAAGCAAAACGUCAAGAAGUAGUUUUAUUGCCGCCAUACAACUUGAAACCGAUCUUUGUGCUGCUCUUACCAACAACGUCUCACUUUACAUGAAGAAAGUUCAAGAGACUUUACAAAAGCCUUCAUCGAAACUUGCGGAUGCAGAAGCUGGGACAUUAAAAAUCGAUGGUCGUUAUACCCAUGAGGAAAACCUUAGAAUCCGACUUGGAUUUUUGCAUUUUCUUUUAACUGAUGGACAUUUAUUGUUGAAAACACCUCAAGCGAACGAAUUAUGGGAUGCUUUAGUUGUCAAUGCUGUCACAAGUUUUGAAAGGACUUACGGCUUUCAGCUUUUCUACCGUAUGCAGAGCAAAAAGGACAUUGAGCCUGCUGCAGUGGAGGAGUUUUUUAACACGCGGAUUCUUCAGUUUCCUGUAGAGCAGUUGGACUCUGAUGGCUUUCUUUGUUUCAAGAUCUUUUGGAUAACUGUGAACAAGGCUGCCUCAAAGUUGUUGCCACCGGACACCGCUACGCAGUGUUGUCUUGCUAGCAUGGAAUUAGAGGGUUCAGACUAUUUAUGGGAAGUUAUACUGAAGUCUCCAGAACCGGUUUCGAGGAGUGCUAUUACGUUGUGGGUGGAAAUUUUUUCCUCUCCCGAUGGUGAAAAAAUUGAUAUUGGACGACUUAACGAAGACGAUUUUGUUAUUGUAGCACAUAUUUCAACUUAUUUCAGCUUCACUAUGUUGAGAGAGAACAGAAGUGAAUUAACCAGUGAAACUUCCAACGAGGAUUCGAUACAGAAUGCUAUUCGGCAAAUGAGUCGUAUUCUUUCUGUAAGCCAUGAGCUAGAGAAGGCUCGCCGGCAAUGGGAUCAGAGGGAUUCGUGUAAUUUUGAAUUUUCAACUUCUGCUUCUCUCGCUAGCCCUCAAAAUGAGGAAUAUAUGAUACCUGUCCAUAGUCAUAUGACCUUAGCAGUUGUUCGGCAUCGAAUAGAAGAACGGCUGAAAGGGAUUGAGGGAAUUGCUGACUGUGAAGCUCAGUUUAAGCUUUACGUGCAACGUUUAAAUGCUGGUGGUGGAGAACAAACAGCAUUAGGGUCUCAAAGUAAACGGAAGACGUUAGAGGAGUUGAUGAUCGAUAGCACUACGCAACUAGUUGUUUCAUCUUUUAUCCAUCGCGUCUACUGUGACAGUAUAUUUCAUAGUUCAGAUUCAAGUCUUGAUGGAAGCGAUGAGUUCCGUUCUGAGGAGGUUGCAGAAUUUACAUUGCCUGGUUGGAUAAUUGCUUCAAAUUUUAAAUACGUUAGAUUUUUAUGCGACCUCGCUGACAUUGGUUAUUUGCAUAAAUGUUUUAAUCUUCGAGACAGCGCCCAAAAAGUGUUGAAUCAGAUCCCAACGGAUGCAACGUCAAUCGACAGGCUAGAGACGAUGAUCAAAAAUGACAAUUUGUCCCAUCUGUUUCCUUCUGAAAAACCAAGCGAAUCAUUGCACCUUCUUGCUGUCCUUCACUCUCUUUUAAUGCCCGCAGCUACAUACGCACUGCAGGAGGCCACAUCAUUUCAGAAAACAUUUUUUUCGUCUAGCAGUUGCCUGGCAGUCAUAGAAUUCCUUGACAAUCCUGAGAUUUUUUAUAUUUGGGAUACUGCGGCAUGUUGUACAGCUCUGUGGUGGAUUAUGAACAUUACAAAGUUUAUACUUUCAUACCCUAGAAAAAACGUUCAUGAUAGGGAUAUGGUUCUUUAUAUUAAGAAUUCUCUGGGCCCAGAGCAAGAAGUCUUUAAAGAGUACUGCGACCUCAUAGCGAAAGACCUGGAUAGGAACAUGACCAGCGGCGAGAUUUCGUUGAAUCACCUUGAGUCAUUCCACUUUGCAAAGAAUUCUCGUUUGGUAUCGCUGCUGAUGAAUGCUGCCUGGGUUUGCGGCUCCAAAGAACUGCCGUUAAAAGCCGAUGUACUUGAUGAGGAAUCAAAUAUUUAUUCGUUCUCUUUGAGUGAGCCAGAAACCAUUAACGCAUUGCAACAGCAGCUGACAGUUUGUGCUCUAGAUACUUUGUCAUGCGCUUCUGCAAAUGAAGGAGCUAUUGGCCUUAUACUCGAAAAUGAGUCCUCGUGGAACAAUAUGAUAAUUGAUCUCCUUUUCUCAUGUAGUAGCGUUAUAAAGCAACACGUUGUUGAAGUAGUAAAACGUAUCGUUUGUCGAGAGCGACCAGCAGCAGUUCAAGGUUCUGAUGUAGCAGUGAAAUCGUUAGCUGAAGCCACUGUGGAACUGCUGUUUAAAAAGUUUUCAUACGUAGAUCAAAAGCCAGAAGCAGCAUCUGAGUAUUUUUCAUUACUCUGCCGGUUGCUGGAAUACUGCCGUAAUCACAGCUUUUUUUUGGAUCCCGUGAUGAAGUAUAUUGAAGAAGUAUUAGAGUGGCUGGAGCAAGCAAAACAACACACCGUCGUGCACAUGGAACACUAUCCUAACGACUGCCUCCUUAUUGGCCAUUUUGAAUUGUGUCGCUCACUGAUUAGUUUUUUAACCCCUGAAGCCAAGAUGAGUCUUGGGUCAGAUGAGAAUGGCCGGAAGCUUGUAAAAAACCAAUGCGAAAUUAAAACAUUAGGUACACAGUUGGAAAUCAGAUGUGAUCAUGAAGCAUCUAUGCCACGAUCAGUCACAAUUGAUCCAAUACCUACCUCCCGAUGUGUCCCUGUUUGCGGUUCUGAUGAAAGUGUUGGCGCUGCUUAUGAUCUUUUAAUUUCACUGUGCGAAGAAGCACCACGAAAUUAUUAUGCAGCGAUAAGUAUACUUAUGGAGAUGUUCUACUCUGGUAACUCGGCUUUAAUUAGAUUUCGGAUUUUUUUUGAUAGGAUUUUCAUUUAUCUGCCCGAGUUUCAAUUUUUAGCUCCAUUGUCAAUGUCGAAUAUUGAUUGGGAAUAUUUACCUGGUUUUCCUGCACGACUGCCUAAUAAUUAUGUUGGUUUAAAAAAUGGUGGUGCAACUUGUUAUAUGAAUUCAGUUUUCCAACAAAUUUUUAUGAUUGAGAAGUUACGGAAUUCAAUAUUAAAUGCGAAAUGCAGCAUCGAUGUUGAUGUAGAUGAUUCUCAAUUUGACGACAGGUCGUCGAUUUUACACAGCGUACUUCAACUAGUUCAUGCUGCAGCUGUAUUUCUUUUUAAGGAAGGGGCUGAUUUACUUCAAAAAGACUAUCAUCAGGUUUUGUUAAAAUCUGUCCAGACUAUAUUUGCUCAUCUUCUCGGGUCAGAGUUACAGUUUUACACGCCAAAAUUUUUUUGGAAUCAUUUCAGGUUUGGCGGUCAACCAGUAAAUGUCCGUGAGCAACAAGAUGCUUUAGAGUUUUAUAACGCAAUAUUUGACACCAUUGAUGAAGGUAUGAAAGCAAUUGGCGAACCCCCAAUUUGUGAAUUGCUCUUUGGGGGCACUUUUGCAGACCAAAAAAUUUGUAAGGAUUGUCCGCACAGAUACCAAAGGGAAGAAACAUUUACUUCUAUUUCGCUUGAUAUUCGUUCUCACAACAAUCUGAUUGCUUCGCUAAAAGAGUACGUGAAAGGAGAUCUGUUGAACAAUGACAACGCUUACUUUUGUGAACAGUGUGGGCAGAAAGUUACCGCCGUCAAGCGCCUUUGCCUUGCAAAGUUGCCACCUUAUUUGACUAUUCAGUUGAAGAGAUUUGAUUUUGACUGGGAACGAGACUUACCACAGAAAUACAAUGAUUAUUUUGAAUUUCCUUUGGAGCUGGAUAUGAAACCUUUUACAGCUCAAGGACUUGCAGAAGCUGAAGCAGAAGCAUUUAAGGAGAGUCAAAUGCGAUCACCAGUUUCGACGGUCGAUAGUGGCAAUGGUGCUUCCGUAACCACAACACCAGAGAUGUUUGUUUCAGAAAAUGUCGCUCUUUUGUCUGAGUCUAAAAAUUUGGAUGAAAGCAGCACAUUUUACCGUCUUCGUGGUGUAGUUGUUCAUUCUGGACAGGCGAACGGAGGACACUACUAUUCUUUUAUACGUUCGGAGGAGGAUGAAGGUCAAUGGUACAAAUUUGAUGAUGUUGAUGUGUCGAAAUGGCAAGUUUCCAGGGAGGAAAUGCGCAAUAUGUGGUUUGGUGGUGAUUAUGUAGCUGAUUCCUAUGAUGGAAAUGGAAAAAGCUUUCAGAAACGCAGGCAAAAGCGGUGGUGGAAUGCUUAUUUGUUAAUUUAUGAAAAGGUGGCAAGUAAAAACUCGCUCGGCAUAUCUUCGGAGGAGUCAAAUGUAUUUGGAUCCUUACCUCAUUCUUCCUCUUCGUCUGCUCAUGAAUCAGCAAAUCAUGUAACUAUUGAUACACUUGAGAAGAGUCUUCAGUCGGUUUCAUUUGGUAUACACGUUUCUGAUGAACAUUACAGGUACACGCCGCAGUAUUUUCAGUUUGUACGAGAGCUGACGUCAUGUGCCAUUAAAAUGAUUAACUAUACAACAGCUUCCAGAAAAGGUGGAAAUAUGACCGAAUGGCAAAAAAAUUUGGAAUAUUUGUUGUCUGCUUCAACAGAAUGUCGAGCAUGGUUUAUAUGUAAUGUUUUAUUCCAACCAAAACUAAUAGUUUCGUACUUGCUUUCUGCAACAGCUCUCGACGUAAGCAAAGUACGCUUUUUCUUUGCGAAUACCUUAUGCGCUUUGCUAAACUUGACUCGAAACGACCAUGUAGAUUCUUUGAAACCUUUUUUAGGUUGUUGUCCUGAGUUCAAUAUUGAGAAGGUUUACUCGCAAGGAGAUACUGUAUCUGACAUACUUCUUUCUAUUCUUCUUAUUGUACCACGGAACUACUUUCCUGAAUUUACUUCACAUCCAGCUCAGUAUUUUGCAAUGUUUCAUCAAUACGCUAAUCUUGGAUUUGAACAAAAGAAGCAAAUGGUUCGCAAAGGAAUUUUAAAUAGUAUGUUGGUCCUAAUAUCCCAAGACAUAUAUCGCAUGAAAGCUGUUUACCAUGAAACAGCGAAACUUUAUGACGUACUUUCUUUGUUGCUUAGGACUUGUGAUUUCGGCUCUCCUCACUGGAAUCCAUAUUCUAUAUCAAAAUCCGGUCUGGAACCUGCUCCUCCGGAAGUAAAAAAACUUAUUCAAGAUUCGUCUUUUCUUGAUAGGUUCCUGAAGCAGAUUCUGGAAAUGCCUUCAGACCACGAAAUUGUUCUGAGCACGUUGCUGUUCUUAUGUUGGGAAAACUUACCAUUAUCAAAGCUUGCUUUCAAGCACCUUUCUUUCCAGGCAAGAUUUUGUAAGAUCUGUUCUUUUCAGUCUAUGUUUACUCCAAAUGAAGUCAAGCAAGGGACGGAAGUAAUUGAAAGUUUGACUUCAAUCGACGACUCGGUGAAAAGAGAGCGUCUUCGUUUUGUAUUAUUCGGAUCUACUGGGGAUUUAAAGUUUAAAGGUUAUAUAGCUACUCUGUUCUGGCAAAGAGAUACUUAUGUGUGGAAAACGUGUAUUAUGCUUCAAGCCCUUUUGAGGAUUAUUGCUAAUAAUCCAGAGACAAAUCAGAUGCUCAUGGAUGAAAAGAGUGUGCAUGAAAUGUUGAGACAAAUGGAGGGCUGGCUAGAUAAGCAGAGCCCGCGACCUAGCUCUUUCACCUAUGGCUGCCGUCCAAGUGAGAAGACUUGUGACUUAAAGCGGUCUGGAAGUGCCACUGAUCUUUUAAAGGAAAUCAAGGAACUCAAUGCCAGCAUCGCAGGAGCUGAAGAAAGUGAACGAGUAGAGGAAGAAAUAGAAGCGCAGUCAGACGAGGACCAGAAACGAUUACAACCUUACGUUGACUCUCUUAAUGUUUAUAACCCUCAUCCAGGAAGCGAUGAGGAAGAUCACGGGCCAAACGAAAAUUUAUAUUUUCCAGAGCAGGACUUGAAAUCAUCCCAAGUGAAGAUAAAGCUUCCACAAACAGAUUGGGACGAAGAUAAUCUUUCUUUGGUUGGUACUGUGUCGUAUGAAGACAAUCAGGCUACGAUAAAGAGCCUUCCUCCUCCACCUCUCUACUCGGAAUCGAACUCACUGAACAAGCAUAACUUAUUUAAGAACUUUCCAGUAUGUCCUUCCGCAGCCGGUGACCAAGCGGGGGGGUUGACCAGGUCAGGAGAGGAUACUGACAAACCUUCGUCUGAAAGCAUUUUUUCGGCUGAUAAAGACCUUGAAGAUACGAAGCAGGUUUUCGAUAUAAAAAUUUAUCUACGAUCGAAAGCAUAACU